GUGGUUAGCAGAGCAAAACACCAAACUGCUGCUUCCGCACUGCUUCCUUGUUUAUUAGUUUUAGGGAAAACAGUGCCUUUAGAAGAGAAAAGUUGUUGUUUUUUCUUCUCCGGAAACGGCGAGAGCUCCUGCACAAGAUUGUCGCAGACAUCUGACCACGUCUGAUGUCCAGGAGGGAAUUAGGAUCUGAGUUUCACCACAACAAAGUCUGAGUUCUGAAUGGCCACAGCUGCAGAGGAGCCUCCAGGGCUACAGGGCCUCUCUGGUAACCUGCAGAGUCAGUUCUGGAGGAGACUAUCGUCUCUCAGAGGUAAUAAACGAGAUUCGACUGUGACUCGAAAAAAUGCUUCUCCCGAGAGUCCAAGCACCAGCAUGUCUCCGGCCAUGAAAAAAACAAUUGGCCAUCGUGGAAUUGAUCCCACUGGGGAGACGACGUACAAGAAGACAACAUCAUCCGCCUUGCAAGGCGCUAUCCAGUUAGGCAUCACGCACACGGUGGGCAGCUUAAGCCAAAAACCUGAGAGAGACGUGCUGCUGCAGGACUUUGAAGUGGUCGAAAGCAUCUUCUUUCCCAGUGAGGGCAGUAACCUGACACCAGCUCACCACUAUGGAGACUUCAGGUUCAAGACGUACGCCCCAAUGGCCUUCCGCUACUUCAGGGAGAUGUUUGGCAUCCGGCCUGAUGACUACAUGUACUCUCUGUGUAAUGAGCCGCUGAUUGAGCUGUCAAACUCUGGGGCCAGUGGAUCUCUCUUCUACGUCUCCAGUGAUGAUGAGUACAUCAUUAAGACAGUGCAGCACAAAGAGGCGGAGUUUCUGCAGAAACUGCUUCCAGGAUACUUCAUGAACCUGAACCAGAACAAACGGACCUUAUUACCAAAGUUUUAUGGACUCUACUGCGUCCAGGCAGCGGGUAAGAACAUCCGUAUUGCAGUCAUGAACAAUCUGCUUCCGAGCGCCGUAAAAAUGCACCUCAAGUAUGAUCUAAAAGGCUCCACCUACAAGCGAAGGGCUUCAGCUAAGGAGAGGGAAAAGGCCGUGCCCACAUACAAGGACCUGGAUUUCAUGCAGGACAUACAUGAGGGGUUGUUACUGGAAGGGGACAAGUACAGUGCUGUUUGCAAGACCAUCCAGAGAGACUGUCUGCUUUUGCAAAGUUUUAAGAUCAUGGAUUACAGCCUUCUGGUGGGAAUCCACAAUGUAAAUCAGGCGUGUCAAGAGCAAGCCAGCGAAGAGGCCGGGGCUGUGGACCAAAGGCGGCCACAAGGUCAAAAGUCCCUGUACAGCACUGCUAUAGAGGCCAUUCAGGCUGAGGCAGGGAGCAUGGGAUCACUGGACACAGAGGACAAAACGGGAGGAAUCCCAGCGCGAAACUCAAAAGGCGAGCGGCUGCUGGUGUAUAUUGGUAUCAUAGACAUUCUGCAGUCCUAUAGAUUAGUUAAGAGGCUUGAACACUCGUGGAAAGCUCUGGUUCACGAUGGGGAUACUGUAUCGGUUCACAGACCGAGUUUCUACGCAGAACGAUUUCAGAAGUUCAUGUGCAGUGUAGUGUUCAGGAAGCUCUCGUUAAAAACCUCGCCAUCUAAGAAGCGCCGUUUAGUGGCACAUGUUCCUUUGAGAAAGACAGCUGGCUCAGGGCCUUCUCUGUCGACCCAAACCAGCAGCAACAGCCAACACCCUUUACUCCAACAUCAAGUCAGCUCUGAGACCAAAGAAGACACUGAAGGAGACAAUGUCAUGCAGUCAGGUCGUCCUGACCUCCUCCCAAAGACCUUACUGCCCAGUGACGCUGUUGGCACCGCUCCUGAAACAGCUACUGAAACAGCUGUCUCCUCCUCCUUGGAAAACCCUGGAUUUGCUUCCACAAGCCACCCUCUGCCUCACUCUCAGGAUGCCUACAAGUCAGUGGGAGUGGAUUUAAACAACACAUUGAGCAAAGACCAGGAGCACAGCACCACCAAGAGAGCUCAGUAUGAAGAAAGUUCUGAGGAUGUGAUCUCACUCAGUGACAUUGUUUCUGACACAAGCAAAUGCUCUGUAUAGAAAAAUUUACUCAAAUGAAUCGAGACACACUUGGAGGAUGUUAUUAGCAUGGAUGAAAUGUUACAACCCUGCCUUGGUGUGAUUUGAGGUAAAGUUUUUCAGCGAGACCAAGGGGGAUAUUAAAUGUUUUUUGUUGUUUGGUUUUUGCACUUUGAUUUCCAAAUCACAAGAUGGUAUGAGCAUGUAAGUGGGCGGUUGUGUUCUGACACUAGUAAUUAGUAGUACAUGCUGUGGUUAUUGAACACUAUUAUUCAUCUCGUAGGAAUGCUUCUAUACACAACCAAAGAUUGCUCUUGGCACUGUCGGCUCAAUUCAGCCAGCUUUCAAUGUAGAGUGUAAAAUGAGGACUUUGCCUUAAUUGAGAAUGUCUUUAUUUAAGCUUUGUUAUUUCAAAUUAUUAUUAUUUUUUUUUUUAAACUAAUUCCUCUUUUGUGUUUACCAAAUUGUUGUAGCUUAUCCUCAUGCAUUCUUGGCUCUGUUACAUGUUUGACUCAGAUGCUUUAACACAAACUAUGUGAUUUGGGUUGGGAACACAGUUUUAAAUAAAAGGGUUUAUUUUUGAAAGAAAUUACUUUACUGGGUAAGCUGCCAUUUUUUAAGCCUACUCUGAAUGCAUAUCAUGCUGGAACAAGAGGUGAUCCUCAGCUUGCGGUGUCUAUUUAAACCAGCUAUUCUGAUAAUGGACUGUGAAUCCUAAAUGUGACCUCAUGUUCAGGUCAAAGAGUUAUAUUAAAAUCAUUUUUUUAUACUUAUCUGUAUGAUCUGAUAUCAGUUUCAGGUUUAGUAUGUAGACUGGCUUAUGUCCAAAUGUGACCAAAUAACUGAUACUUAGAUGGCUUUGGACAAAGCACCACAACAAACAGUGACCUGGGACAUGUCACAUGAAGCAAGACUAGUGAGGUAGUUUGGGGUGAACCCCGUCUUCUUUCAGUGUCACAGAGAGAGCUUGAGUUCCAACUGAGUUUUGUUGUCAUGGCCACUAAUGCACCAGACCAAAUCUGCAAGGAGCAGUUUGUGUUUUAAGGCUUUUGGGUAAUUUUCUACAAAAGAACCACCACCUCCCCGAUCAAUUGUGAAGGGGGAAAUGAGUCCCAUUCUUAACAGGAACUCAAUGAACAAAACACAUUAUUCACUUUAAAGUGUCAUGAACGAAAGAGCAUGACAUUACAAAUGUGGUACAAUCACUUGGUUUUUCAUUAUAAUUUAUUAUAUUAAAAACAGUACUAUAGUAAAGGUUUGCAGUAUAAACAGGUGUCCCAAUGUGGCUAUAAAAUAGAACGGAAACUAAAAGAGCAGAGCGUAGCUAACUCUUAGAUGUACCUGCAGUAAAUAAAAUGUACUGUCUCAUGGUAUUUCUAUUGAUUCAGUGCAGCUUACAGUAUGUACAUAUUCUAACACUGCAGACCUGGAGAACAUAACACAACUUUGUAAGUAGUUAUAUUUUAUAUAAUCAUAAAUUGCAUUGUUGGUGUUAUUUAUACUAAGCAUCUGAAACCAGCCCCCACUAAUAUCAUCCAGUUGCUACAGCAAUGGCAGUUUCAGACAUGCAGGUCAGUCCAACCUGCACCAUCUAAAGGCAAAAGUAACUGCAGCAGCAGUUUAGACCUGAAGAGUGAUUUGCACCACCUACAGGCAAAGAAAGUGACAGCUUCAGCAACUUUGUCACAGUUGCCACCUUACGACUAAUGAGUGCAAGAACAGUUUUGUUUGUUUGUUUUUGGAUGGUGUUAGUAUGUGAAUGUUUGCCUUUUUAUAUUUUAACCCCACAAAACGUUUUGAUUGAGUGGUAUUGUUUAUCCUCUGUCCUGGUUACUUUGGAGAAAGGAGAUUGUAUUUGUCCAAAGAAAGAAACCCAGGUUGGGAUGCACUGGCCAAAAGAAAAUUAGCGAUGUAGUUUGGUAGGAGUUUUGACUUUGCUGCUGAAUAUAUAAAUGUGGGUGAUACUGCAUUUUCUUCAAGUAUUUCUAAUACACUUUUCUACUAUUUGCAGUAGGUCACUGCACUAGGUCACUCAAUAUAAUAUGGAUUACUCAAAUUUGAGUUGUUAUGUUAACCACAUAUUAAAGCCUAUAUAUUUUCACACUGAUGUAUUGCUUUUAUUCAUAAUUCACUUUUGUUGAUUUGCUGCAUGCCCCAACCAAGGUAUAGUUGUAAUUUUGUCACUAUCAAAAUGUUGAUGGCUGCCUGGUGUGUGAAAGUAAAAAAGACAAAACUGUUCAGUCUACUUUUUGUAAACUCAAACUGGUAGAUGUAUUGGUGCUUCGAUACAAGUUAGCACUCAAAAUGGGUGUGCAGUGUUUAACAUUUAUAAAUGUUUGAUGUUUCAAAAUGCAGAAAUGUAUUAGAAUUAAUUUUUUGUCCGAAAGGAUACAAUAAAUAAGUAAUUUGAAAGAUGCUUCAACUAUGCAACAAUAUUUGUUUACAGCAUAUAAAUAUUUCUGAAUGAAUAGACGGUGCAAUACAUUUAAUGAAUUAUCAUUUUUCCAACUAAGAUAAGAUGAAUAAGCAUAAUUUGGGUAUUUUAAUUAAUCCUGUAAAUGGUAUGUGGAGUUUUUUUCAUUAUGCUGGCAGUUCUAUCAAACUGUCAAACAAUGCUUUGUCCCUGUAUUUAAAGUGAAACUGUGUUUUUGUAAAAAGAAAACAAAAAAACCUCCAAAACAUUUACACAUGCAGCCUAUGAACCCAACUUGUACAUAAUCAUAUGUAUUAUAGUAUUUAUUACUGUAUGUAUUGCUCUGGUGUCCAAAAUGUUUAUCAAUAGUGAUUACAGAUUGAAAAUGUGGUCUUCACUUGCCUUUGAAUUAUAUACAAUAAAUGGGUGCACAUCUGUAUGCAAGAAUCACAACAAUGCUUUUUUUUUUUUUUUACACAAUGUAUUUAUAAGUCCUCUAUCUUGCUCUUUUGGGGAUGUCAUGUUUUUGUACACUUGUACCCAAUUAAACAAAAAAAGAUGUUGCUUUUGUUUGAUUAUAUUUUAUUAUACAGAUCAAAUUGUAUGUCUCCAAUAGUGUUAGUUGUGCAAUAUGACUGUGAUAAGAUGAUGAAUAAUAUGGUAGCUAUCUCUUUUUUUAUUUCUUGGUGUAUUACACCCUUGCAAUGUUGCAGAUUAAUAAACAUGACUGGUUUCUGGAAA